CUCCUCGCGGGCAGAAUGCUGGGCAGCAGCGUCAAGAGCGCGCAGCCCGAGGUGGAGCUGAGCGGCGGCGGCGGCGACGAGGGCGCGGACGAGCCCCGGGGCUCGGGGAGGAAGGCGGCGGUGGACAGCAGAGGCAUGCUGCCCAAGCGCGCCAAGGCGCCCGGCGGCUGCGGCAGCAGCGGCAUGGCCAAGCCCAGCGCGGCUGAGCUGAAGGUCUUCAAGUCUGGCAGCGUGGAUGGCCGCGUCCCCGGCGGGCCACCCACCUCCAACCUGCGCAAGCAGAAGUCACUCACCAACCUGUCGUUCCUGACGGACUCGGAGAAAAAGCUGCAGCUCUGUGAGCCGGAGUGGAGCGACGACAUGGCCCGGGCGCCCAAGGGCUUGGGCAAGGUGGGGUCCAAAGGCCGGGAGGCCCCUCUGAUGUCCAAGACGCUGUCCAAGUCGGAGCAUUCGCUCUUCCAGGCAAAAGGGGGCUCAGCCGGCAGCGCCAAGACCCCCCUGGCUCCGCUGGCGCCCAGCCUGGGGAAGCCCAGCCGCAUCCCGCGCGGCCCCUAUGCCGAGGUCAAACCGCUGAGCAAGGCUCCAGAGGCAGCCGUCAGCGACGAUGGCAAGUCGGACGAUGAGUUGCUCACUAGCAAGGCCAAGGCCCAGAAGAGCUCCGGGCCUGUGCCCUCUGCCAAGGGCCAGGAGGAGCGCGCCUUCCUCAAGGUGGACCCCGAGCUCGUGGUGACAGUGCUGGGAGACCUGGAGCAGCUGCUCUUCAGCCAGAUGCUGGACCCAGAGUCCCAGAGGAAGAGGACGGUGCAGAAUGUCCUGGACCUUCGACAGAACCUGGAAGAAACCAUGUCCAGCCUGCGAGGUUCCCAGGUGACUCACAGCUCCCUGGAGAUGACCUGCUACGACAGUGAUGACGCCAACCCUCGGAGCAUGUCCAGCCUCUCCAACCGCUCGUCUCCCCUGUCCUGGCGCUAUGGCCAGGCCAGCCCGCGGCUGCAGGCAGGGGAUGCCCCCUCGGUGGGCGGGGGCUGCCGCUCGGAGGGGCCGCCCGCCUGGUGCAUGCACGGGGAGCGCACCCUGUACGCGCACACCAUGCCCAUGCGGAGCCCCAGCAAGCUCAGCCACAUCUCUCGCCUGGACGGCGACGACUCGGACCUGAAGUCCGGCUACAUGAGCGACAGCGACCUCAUGGGCAAGACCAUGACAGAGGACGACGACAUCACCACCGGCUGGGACGAGAGCAGCUCCAUCAGCAGCGGCCUCAGCGAUGCCUCCGAGAACCUCAGUUCGGAGGAGCUCAACGCCAGCUCUUCACUCAACUCCCUGCCGACGACUCCCACCGCCUCCCGCCGGAGCUCCACGGUAGUGCUCCGCACGGACUCGGAAAAGCGCUCCCUGGCGGAGAGCGGGCUGAGCUGGCUCAGUGAGUCGGAGGAGAAGGCCCCCAAGAAGCUGGAAUACGACAGCGGCAGCUUGAAGAUGGAGUCCAGCAGCUCCAAGUGGCGGAGGGAGCGGCCCGAGAGCUGUGACGACACGUCCAAGGUCGGAGAGCUGAAGAAGCCCAUCAGCCUGGGCCACCCCGGGUCCCUGAAGAAGGGCAAGACCCCGCCGGUGGCCGUCACCUCCCCCAUCACUCACACGGCCCAGAGUGCCCUCAAGGUCACAGGCAAACCCGAAGGCAAAGCCACGGACAAGGGCAAGCUGGCGGCGAGGAGCACCGGGCUGCAGCGGUCCUCCUCCGACGCGGGCCGCGACCGCCUGGGCGACGCGAAGAAGCCGCCCUCCGGCAUCGCCCGCCCCUCCACUUCCGGGUCUUUCGGCUACAAGAAGCCGCCUCCUGCCACAGGCACGGCCACCGUCAUGCAGACCGGUGGCUCCGCCACGCUCAGUAAGAUCCAGAAGUCCUCGGGCAUCCCCGUGAAACCGGUGAACGGACGCAAGACCAGCCUGGACGUGUCCAACGGCCCAGAGCCCGGGUUCCUGGCCCCCGGAGCCCGCUCCAACAUCCAGUACCGCAGCCUGCCCCGGCCAGCCAAGUCCAGCUCCAUGAGCGUGACCGGAGGGCGGGGCGGGCCGCGCCCCGUGAGCAGCAGCAUCGACCCCAGCCUGCUCAGCACCAAGCAGGCAGGCCUAGCGCCCUCCAGGCUGAAGGAGCCUUCCAAGGUGGCCAGUGGCCGGGCCACGCCAGCCCCUGUCAAUCAGACUGAUCGGGAGAAGGAGAAGGCCAAGGCCAAGGCAGUGGCCUUGGACGCAGACAACAUCUCCCUGAAGAGCAUCGGCUCCCCGGAGACCACUCCGAAGAACCAGGCGAGCCACCCACCGGCCACCAAGCUGGCGGAGCUGCUGCCAGCCCCUGUCAGGGCCUCAGCGAAGAGCUUUGCCAAGCCGCCCUCGCUAGCCAACCUGGACAAGGUCAACUCCAACAGCCUGGACCUGCCGUCGUCCGGCGACGCCCACGCCCCGAAGGUCCCAGACCUGCGUGCGGCCAGCCCCGCAGCCGGGGGCCCCCUCCCGUCGUGCUUCACCCCCAGUCCGGCUCCCAUCCUCAAUAUUAAUUCCGCCAGCUUUUCCCAAGGCCUGGAGCUCAUGAGUGCAUUCAGCGUGCCAAAGGAGCCCCGCAUGUACCCCAAACUCUCAGGCCUGCACAGAAGCAUGGAGUCCCUGCAGUUGCCAAUGAGCCUGCCCAGUGCCUUCGCCAGCAGCGCCCCCGCGCCCACUCCGCCUGCCCCCUCGGCCAUGCCCCCAGAGGAAGAGGCAGAGGAGCUGGCCUGGAGUGGAAGCCCCCGCGCCGGGCAGCUGGACAGUAACCAGCGGGAUCGGAACACGCUGCCCAAGAAAGGGCUCAGGUACCAGCUGCAGUCCCAGGAGGAGACCAAGGAGAGGCGACACUCCCACGCCAUGGGGGGGCUGCCGGAGCCCGAUGGCCAGUCAGAGCCUGCGUCCCCCCCUGCGCUCUCCAUGUCCUUGAGUGCGAAGGGCCAGCUCACCAACGUAGUGAGUCCCACCGCGGCUGCCACGCCGAGAAUCACCCGCUCCAACAGCAUCCCCACCCACGAGGCCGCCUUCGAGCUGUACAGCGGCUCCCAAGUGGGGAGCACCCUGUCCCUGGCCGACAGACCCAAGGGCAUGAUCCGGUCAGGAUCCUUCCGAGACCCCACGGACGAUGUCCACGGCUCAGUGCUGUCCCUGGCCUCCAGCGCGUCCUCCACGUACUCCUCACAGAUCCGCAAGCUUCGCCGGGAACUGGAGUCGUCCCAGGAGAAGGUGGCCACCCUGACGUCCCAGUUGUCCGCCAACGCCAACCUUGUGGCCGCCUUCGAGCAGAGCCUGGUGAACAUGACGUCCCGCCUGCGGCACCUGGCGGAGACGGCCGAGGAGAAGGACACUGAGUUGCUGGAUUUGCGAGAAACCAUAGACUUUCUGAAGAAGAAGAACUCAGAGGCCCAGGCAGUCAUUCAGGGGGCCCUCAAUGCCUCGGAAACUACGCCCAAAGAACUCCGGAUCAAGAGGCAGAACUCCUCAGACAGCAUCUCGAGCCUCAACAGCACCACCAGCCACUCCAGCGUCGGCAGCGGCAAGGAUGCCGACGCCAAGAAGAAGAAGAAGAAGAGCUGGGUCUAUGAGCUCCGAAGUUCCUUCAACAAAGCCUUCAGCAUAAAGAAGGGACCCAAGUCAGCGUCCUCGUACUCCGACAUCGAGGAGAUCGCCACCCCCGACUCCUCCGCCCCCUCGUCCCCCAAGCUGCCCCACGGCUCCACGGAGACGGCCUCACCCUCCAUCAAGUCCUCCAACUCCUCCUCCGUGGGCAUCGAUGCUCCUGAGGUCUCCGCUCACCCGGCACCCCACGCGAGGCUGUUCCACGCGGGCGAGGAGGAGGAGCCGGAGAAGAAGGAGGUGUCCGAGCUGCGCUCCGAGCUGUGGGAGAAGGAGAUGAAGCUGACGGACAUCCGCCUGGAAGCCCUGAACUCUGCCCACCAGCUGGACCAGCUCCGGGAGACCAUGCACAACAUGCAGCUGGAGGUGGACCUGCUCAAGGCGGAGAACGACCGGCUGAAGGUGGCCCCGGGCCCCUCGUCGGGCUCAGCUCCAGGGCAGGUCCCUGGGUCGUCUGCUCUGUCGUCCCCUCGCCGCUCACUAGGCCUGGCCCUCACCCACUCCUUCAGCCCGGGUCUCACCGACGCAGACCUGUCGCCCAUGGACGGCAUCAGCACCUGUGGCCCCAAGGAGGAGGCCACCCUCCGGGUGGUGGUGAGGAUGCCCCCCCAGCACAUCAUCAGAGGGGACUUGAAGCAGCAGGAAUUCUUCCUGGGGUGCAGCAAGGUCAGCGGAAAGGUCGACUGGAAGAUGCUAGAUGAAGCUGUGUUUCAGGUGUUCAAGGACUACAUUUCUAAGAUGGACCCGGCCUCGACCCUGGGGCUUAGCACCGAGUCCAUCCACGGCUACAGCAUCAGCCACGUGAAACGGCUGUUGGAUGCCGAGCCCCCAGAGAUGCCUCCUUGCCGCCGAGGUGUCAAUAACAUAGCGGUCUCCCUCAAAGGUCUGAAGGAGAAGUGCGUGGACAGCCUGGUGUUUGAGACGCUGAUCCCCAAGCCCAUGAUGCAACAUUACAUCAGCCUCCUGCUCAAGCACCGGCGCCUGGUUCUCUCGGGCCCCAGCGGCACGGGCAAGACCUACCUGACCAAUCGGCUGGCUGAGUACCUGGUGGAGCGCUCUGGCCGCGAGGUCACCGAGGGCAUCGUCAGCACCUUCAACAUGCACCAGCAGUCCUGCAAGGAUCUGCAGUUGUACCUCUCCAACCUGGCCAACCAGAUCGACCGCGAUACAGGAACAGGGGACGUCCCCCUGGUGAUCCUGCUGGACGACCUGAGUGAAGCGGGCUCCAUCAGCGAGCUGGUCAACGGGGCCCUCACCUGCAAGUACCACAAAUGUCCCUACAUCAUAGGCACCACAAAUCAGCCUGUGAAAAUGACCCCCAAUCAUGGCCUGCACUUGAGCUUCAGGAUGCUGACCUUCUCCAACAACGUGGAGCCAGCCAACGGCUUCCUCGUCCGCUACCUGAGGAGGAAGCUGGUGGAGUCGGACAGCGACGUCAACGCAAACAAGGAGGAGCUGCUCCGGGUGCUGGACUGGGUGCCCAAGCUGUGGUACCACCUGCACACCUUCCUGGAGAAGCACAGCACCUCAGACUUCCUCAUUGGCCCUUGCUUCUUCCUGUCCUGUCCCAUCGGCAUCGAGGACUUCCGGACCUGGUUCAUUGACCUGUGGAACAACUCCAUCAUCCCCUACCUGCAGGAAGGAGCCAAGGACGGGAUCAAGGCUCACGGACAGAAAGCUGCUUGGGAGGACCCAGUGGAGUGGGUCCGGGACACUCUCCCCUGGCCGUCAGCCCAGCAGGACCAGGCGAAGCUGUACCACCUGCCCCCGCCCACCGUGGGCCCGCUCAGCAUCGCCUCGCCCCCCGAGGACAGGACGGUCAAAGACUGCACCCCGAGCUCUCUGGAGUCAGACCCUCUGAUGGCCAUGCUGCUGAAACUUCAGGAGGCUGCCAAUUACAUCGAGUCUCCAGAUCGAGAAACCAUCCUGGACCCCAACCUCCAGGCGACGCUCUGAGGGUCCAGCAGCCCGUCACCCCAGAUGGCAGGACGCUGGUAUCGGCUCAGUUAGCGCCCCUCCCCCCCCCCAGGCUGGCUCUCCCGAGAGACCACCGAGGGAGAGGGAGGAGGCACCGGUUCUUGGUGCUGCACCUUGGAGAACUUCCUAGCAAGGACUAGUGGGGUGGUGUGUGGGGACCCGUGUCCCCAGUCUGCAUUUCCUGGCCUCCUCUCACGACUUUGGGGAAGACAUGAUCGCUGGGUCCUUUUCCUUGACUUCUUGUCUCAGUGACAGACUCCUGGGCUUUCUGGGGAGAGUUCAGAAGACAUCCAACCAGCCCGCAGCGGGUCCUCGCCGAUUCUCAGGAGCGGCUCUGAGAGAGACAGUCCCCACGGGGACGCCCGGGGAGGCCGCAGCCCCCAGGACUUCUGCAUACCCUCCCAACCCAUCGCCACUGCCAACCACUCCCCCCACCCCCGAGAUCGGGCUGGAGCCCAGGAAAAGAGAAGCAUGUGGUUUAAAAAAUGUUUAAAUCCAUCUGUAGAAGGUUUUUAAAAAAUGAAAAAGUUGAAGCUGGAGCGGGGAACCAGGUGCUAGGUAGAGAGCGUCGCCCGCCCUGGGUGUCAGAGGGGACGGGACCGUUGCUGGUCUGCAAAGUCGCCAAACCACAGAAGUGAACCGCAGCCUCCAGAGAAAGACUGCGGCGCUGGCCCGUACCCUCCGAUUUCACACUCAUGAGCGUCAAUAAACCCUGCUUCUUUUUUAUUUUUGUUUUUUGUUUUGUUUCUAUUUUC